UGUUUCUCUGUCUUGCAGCAACCGAUGAGAGCGAAACACUGUCAGACGUGUAAACGCUGCGUCCGUCGCUUCGACCACCACUGUCCCUGGAUCGAGAACUGCGUCGGGGAGCGGAACCACCGCUGGUUCCUCGUGUACCUGCUGGUGCAGCUGCUCGCUCUGCUGUGGGCUCUUCACAUCGCUCUGUCGGGGAUUUCACCCGGCGUCACGUGGGAGCUGUGGUUCCGGGUGAACGGGUUCCUGCUGGCGGCGCUGCUCGUCGCGGGGGUUUUCUCCGUGGUGACCGUGAUGCUGCUGGGCUGCCACCUCUACCUGGCGGCCAUCAACUGCACCACCUGGGAGUUCAUGUCACGUCACCGGAUCUCGUACCUGAAGAACUGCGAGUACGAGGAGAACCCGUUCGACCGCGGCGUCUUCUGCAACCUGCGGGACUUCUUCUGCAUCUGCAGGACGGUGGUGUGGGAGCAGGUCUACAAGAGACACGCCCCGAAUCCGGCCUGACCUCACUGACUCUUGUUUUUAUAAUUUAACUACCAGAUAGAACCAAGUCUCUUACAAUAGUUUUUACAGUAUUUGUUCGGUUUGUAUUUAUUGACAACGAGAGUACAUUAAAACACUGAUGAUACACAUGUAAUAGAUUACACACGCUGACAGUCCAGGUCAGGAUGCUUUUACACAUUAAUACAGACACACAAGUAACAUGUAAUAUUCAGCAGCAUUAACAUAAAGUGCUACAACAGCUAAACCAGUGACUGUUGGUUGUCGUGUUACGUCUCCUCCAGAGCAGGCGGACGGUUCAGCGUCCUGCUCGUGGACACUUCAGCAGGGGACACGAGGGGACACUCUGGACUAAAGAGCAACUUGUAGCUUGAAUACACCGUCUUUAAAUAUUCAAAACACUUGUCAAAUAGAGAUCUACACAGUUUUAUGCUGACGGUCAUGGAAAUGGAGCAGCAAGUAUGAGAUGCUGCACUUUUUAAGAACCCGCUUGUUUUAUUUGAGUUUUAAAAAGUUCAGUUUCAAUCAAAGUUUCAUAGAAAGAUGAAUAAAUUCUCUUAAAUCCUGUUUAAAUGGAAACUGUUCCACAUCGAGUUCUUUUAUUCUACAGGUCGGUUCUGUGGAAAGUAGGUAAAGAAAUAUGUUCAGGUCUUAAAGAGCUGAAAGUGUUAAUUGUUCAUAAUCAUCAGUUUGAAACAAACUGCAGCAAAAACAUUGAUCAAACUCAAACGUACUUGUUACCGAGCAGCAAAAGAAUUUAAUGAUACGUACAUUUUAUUCGUCUUUCUGAGAAACUCGAUGAUAUGAACUGUGUUUCACUUGUUAACUGAAUUUAAAACUCAGACAAAUUAUCACAAACUGCAGCUUCGGACUCUUGCUCAAUUUUCCUGAUAAUUAGUAAAAGGUACAAACUUUACUAAUUUAAAAAACGUGUAUUAAAUUACAAGUUACUCUUUAAAGUCCUGUUUCCCCUUCAAACCCUCAAACCCUCCCUCGGCUCUCCUGCAGCGUCGACGCUUUCAAACUCGGCUGCGUCUUCGAAAAACAUCGACAACCAACUGGAAACUAAAUGAUCAUUUUGAGCCCGUCUACGUAACGAGAGGGUUCAUCUUCAUCUUCCUCUUCCUCCUCUUCUAAUGCACUGACAUCGUUACAGCUCUGUAUCACAGAAUAUGAUUUGCUAAGUUGAAAAUACAGAUAUCUCUUACUAUUAUG